AUGGUCGAGACGAGGACGGUUGUCGCCGUAUCGGCAGCAUCAGCCGCCCUAGCCAUUACGGGGUACUUGAUCUAUUUUGACUAUAAACGUCGGAACGACCCAGGGUUCCGCAAGAAGCUCCGAAAGGAGAAGAAAAAAGCGGCAAAGAAUGCUAAAGAUGGGGAGGCGACGACUCCGGCCGCACCGGGGCGCUCUCAAGAGGAACUAAAGGGGAUGCUUGACCAAAUCAACGCUGAGCCCCUGCCCACUCUACCAGCCGAGCGAGAGAAAUAUUUCAUGGACCAUGUUGGAAUGGGCGAACAAAUGCUGCUUCGAGGGCCCGCAUUCGAGGUCCCUGCCGCACUUGCCUUCUACCGCGCCCUGCGUGCCUACCCCUCGCCGGUCGAAAUUAUCAUGAUAUUCCAAAACACGCUACCUGCACAUAUCUUCGGAUUGGUCAUGGAGCUGGCUAGUCUCGAUGUGAGUUCAUCUGAGUCUACGCUUGCAUCUAAGCCUACCCAGGCCAAGGAACCUGCACUUGCUUCCGCUUCUGCUGCUGUCACUGAGCCUGAGUCUACGUCUGCACCUACCACUGUACCUGCCCCUCCUGCCCCUGAGCGCGCUACAACCCCUCCUCCUGCCCCUGCCUCUGUCCAAGAGACGGAAUCGGAGCACGAUUCUGAGGUGAUGGUUGACGCAGAUGUCGACACUGAGGUCGAAGUCGAAGCGGAAUCCGAAGCUGAAGGUGAAGCCAAAGCAGAUGCCAUGUCUGAGGCCGAGAUUGUACCCGCAGCUCACUCAGAGCCUGACACCGAAUCUCGGCCAGAGGUUGGUGCGGAGUCUGGAGCUGAUGGUUCAACUGUGACCCAAGAGAUGUCUUACGCCGAGGUUGCCGCCAAAGCCGCCGAGUCGGAGCCAGAGCCUACGCAGGCACAAGAGGCGGCACAAGAGUCCCACCAGGAGCCUGAAGCAACACAUGCGCCCGAGGCGGUUCCAGAGUCGGAAACCAAACCCGAAUCUGAGCCUGCCGCUCCGCGGGAUCCUGCCUCUGUCCCUCUUGGUUCCGAUUCCGAGGAUGAUGCUCGCUCGGAAACCCAUUCCGAGACCGACUCGUACCACCAGGUUGCGGCUUCUCAAGAUGACCACUCGGACUGGGACAGUCUUGCUGCAUCGCACGCCUCCCUCCCCGCCCAAAAAAAUGAAUGA